UAACCAAUAUUUGUCAAUUGCGGAACAGCGCAGAGUUUGCUGGUUGCUUUGAGCCGGUUGUAACGUAUCAUUUAUCAAGUGACAAUUUCCACGAAUAAUCGAUCAAUUUACGCAUUUUAUUUCCGGUAUUGCGGUAAUGAAUCUGUACACUGCACGAAUACAUGUGUCAUUGUCAAACAAUUCCAGAUUUAUAUGGUGCAAGUAAACGUUUUCGUAAUAUGACAUGAUAUGUGACUGCACUAUGACAGAGACCAGUAAUAAUCAAGAUGAUGCGUUGGAUUUUGAUAAGAAUAUCGUGAAAAGUACGCUAGACGAUGAGCUUCCUGAUAAUUUACAGAAGAUAGUAUCUGUUAAAACAGAAGAUAGCAUAUUAAGAGCAGUACUAGAGGACAUUAAAUAUGCUACAAGAUCAAAUACUCAAACAGUACACGCAACACAAAAGAAUAGUACAGAAUUGAAUGUGGAAGAAAAUGAAAAAAUUAAUAAAGAAAAGGAUCAUAAAACAGAAUUGCAAAAACAGAUUGAAAUUGGAGAGAUUACUCCCUUUGAAGCGAUAUUGAAGCAAUCUGUUUUGGAACAACAAAAAAAGGUUGUCAAUAACAGCUCUCAAUUAUUAGAUCUUGAAAAGUAUUUUAAACAACAAGCUACUCUUGCCGAACAAAAAAAAAAAUUGAAAAAAGUAUCCAAGACACUUUGUAACAAGGAUCAUUCAGUGCCAGCCAAGAAAGCAAAAUUAUGUAUCACAAGGACAAGUGGAAAUCUAAAAAUUAAGCAUAAUAAGAAUACCAAAAAUAAUACUUUGCAAACUACAGUUGAAGCAGGCACAUCAAACGCAGCAAAUAAAAUUGCAGACGAUAGUUCAGGAAGCGAAUAUAUUCCCAGUGAUGAUGAAGUCAAUUCCGAUGUGGAAGACAAAGCAUUGCUUAAAAAAAGAAGAGUCUCGGCUAAAUCAGAAUAUAUACGCACAAAGAGAACUCAAGAUGAUGCAGACAAUCAAAGAUAUAAACAGUGGAUGGAAUCAAAUGAAUAUCCCAAAGAUGAAAAAAUGCAUAAAAUUGAUGAUAUAUUCAAAGUGCCCCAAAGUAUUUGGGAAAAGUUGUACAGGUAUCAAAAGGUCGCUGUUCAGUGGCUCUGGGAAUUACACAGUCGUAGAUUGGGCGGUCUGCUGGGCGAUGAGAUGGGAUUGGGAAAAACUGUGCAAGUUAUCGCGUUUCUCGCCGGUUUGGAUUGCAGCGAAUUGCUCUCUAAUAAUGGAAGAUUUAGAGGAUUGGGCCCAACUAUAAUAGUGUGCCCUGCCACUUUAAUGGAGCAGUGGGUGAAACAUUUUCACGAAUGGUGGCCUUUCGUCAGAGUUAUCAUGCUUCACCAUUCUGGUGGCUAUAGUGGCGAUCCAAAAAAUCUGAUCGAAUCUCUGCAAACUGGCGGAAUACUCAUCACUUCUUACAAUGGUGUCCUCAGGCACAAAGAUUUGCUUGUAUCCAGUCAAUGGCACUACGUCAUUCUUGACGAAGGACACAAGAUUCGCAAUCCGCAAGCAAAAGUGAGUCAAGCUGUAAAACGAUUUUCGACACCGCAUCGACUGUUGCUGACUGGUAGUCCGAUGCAGAAUUCCUUGAAGGAAUUGUGGUCCCUGUUUGACUUUAUUCUACCUGGCAAACUGGGCACUCUGCCCGUAUUUCUGGAACAUUGCGCAGUUCCCAUAAUGCGCGGCGGCUACACGAAUGCCACGCCGCUGCAGGAGGCCACCGCGCUCCAGGUCGCCACUAUGUUGAAGGACACCAUCACGCCGUACAUGCUUCGAAGAACGAAGACCGACGUAAAGCAUCAUCUCACGCUGCCAGAGAAAAAUGAGCAGGUAUUAUUCUGCAGCUUAACGGAUGAGCAAAAGAAGCUUUAUAAAAAGUAUCUGUGCUCCGAGGACGUAUGUUUUAUCCUGCACGAGAAGAAUAAUAAUCAUGACAGAGGAAGAUACAGAGCAAGAUUUCUUAUCGCACUGUCAGUGCUGAGGAAGAUAUGCAAUCACCCGGACUUGUUUUUAUACACUAGAGAACUCGACUCGGAUGAAGAUGUCGAUUUGUCCGAGGACCAAUUGGAGAGAUUCGGCCACUGGAAGCGCGCUGGAAAAAUGACUGUCGUUCGAUCUCUCUUAAAAAUCUGGCAGAAACAAAAACAUAGAGUGUUACUUUUUACUCAGGGAAGGCAGAUGAUGCACAUUUUGGAAUCUCUUUUGCAACGCGAGGGAUAUAAUUAUUUGAGAAUGGACGGGACGACAGCGAUGUCACAACGGCAGCAAACAAUUCACAAGUUUAACAAUGAUUCGUCGUAUUUCGUGUUCCUGCUAACAACGCGUGUAGGAGGCCUGGGAGUGAAUCUUACCGGUGCGAAUCGAGUGAUUAUUUACGAUCCUGAUUGGAAUCCAGCUACAGACGCUCAAGCAAGAGAGCGUGCGUGGCGAAUAGGACAGAAUAAACAAGUCACCGUUUACAGAUUAAUUACAGCUGGCACGAUCGAGGAGAAGAUGUAUCACAGACAGAUCUUCAAGUUACUUCUGUCAAACAAAGUUCUCGAUGAACCGCAUCAACGCCGAUUGUUCAAAACGACGGAUUUGGUGGAACUGUUCAAUCUGAAUGAGCCGAUAGACGGCGAGUCUUCCGAGUCUGAUCGCUUGUUUAGGGAAUCCAAGCUGCGUCCAGCGUCCAGCGGCUUUUCUCUCAGUAAAAUCGAGGAAAUGAGGAAAUUAGCCUCGACUCUCAGCAAGAAAAUAAGCGCCGCUGUAAAGUCAACGCACAGUGGAAGUGAAGAUGCGAACAGCCGUGUUUGCGAAAGUGUGCACGACGAGCAAAAUAACAAUUCGAAACGCAUUCAAGUCCUUGUUGCGAAAAAUGAUUUGUCUGAUGAUCAAGCGAACUUGUCCUGCGAUCAAAUCAACACGCAGGAGUCUCCAAGCAGCCGUAACGAAGACUCAAAUACGAAUUCGGGUGCAGAUGUUCGGAAAAACAGCAGUGUUACAGAUAACAAAACAGAGACUGCGUCUGAAAAAGACGAUUAUGAACAAGAUGUAGUUCCAAUGAGAUCUACAAAUGAUAAUUCCGUGGAACGAAAACGUGAAUCUCUUUCAAGUAUCAGCAAUAAAGUCACACCAUCGUCUGUUCACAAACGCAAGAAGCAUAAUAAGGAUUCAAGCAGAAAAAAUGUUUCUGCGAUGUUCGAGGGAGAACGCGUCUCUUGUCUGAUCGGUCGUCGCCUGGGACGUUCUCGUGAGAGAGAAGAAUCGGUUUCGACCGCGGAUGACGAUUAUGUGUUGAGGAAACUGUUCGCCAAAUCAACUGUCAGCUCAGCCUUUCAACACGAAGCAGUAUUAUCGAAUGUCCGUCAUAAUGAUGAUAAUGAAAAUACAAUGCAACGUUUCGUACGGGAAUCGGCGCAAGAGAGCAUGAACUUUAUUCGUAAGUCAGGAAGAUCUUGUUGGAGACCAGCUUAAGAUAGAUAAUCAAUUUAGAUAAUUUUUUUGCGCAUGUGUUCUUUUUUUUAUUAAUUUGUUUUGUAUAUUAUAGCAGAAUAGAGUAUAAAUUUUUGCAUUCCAAAGAUAAGUUGCAAAAGAAAAUCGUAAAUAUAUGAUAUAGAAAUUUAUAAGUUUUUUUUUUUACGGAACAACAUAAAUGUUGACAAUUUUAACAAAUUUCACACUUGCAAGAAAAGUGACACAGGUCGAAAUUUUUCGAAUUUUGUUUUACGUGCAGAUUGUGUUUUAAAUUCAUAAUAUUGUUAAUAAUAGGAAACAUUAUUAUUAACGCAACUCUUGUCACUUUUCUUGCGAGUGUACGAUAUAUGUUGUAAUAUACAAUAAAAAACAAAAAUGCAUUAUUUCGAUAAGAAACUAUUUUUCAUAAUAUGUAGCUU